CAACAACAUACAACACUCUCUCCUUCUCUUUGCAAAAAUCUAGAACGAAUGCUAAAACGACAACGAAUCUUCCCUCACCACCAAUAAAAUUCCGCCACGUCAUCGUCGUUUCCUUCUGUUUUUUUCCCCCUUUCCAUAAACCCUCUAAAAACCCCUUCUUUUUAGGGUUUGUUUCAAUCUCUCAUCCAUCUUCAAGCUCUCUCUCUCUCUCACUGAUACUUUACCAUCACUGUUCACUCAGUAAAGCUACAAGCUUCUUCUUCAACUACUCUAUUCUGCUUGCGUUGAUGUAGCAAAACAAGCGAAACAAAGAAUGGUUCGUUUCUCGUUCUGCUUCGUCUUCCUCGCUCUCUUGCUAUCGGCUGGAGAGAUUUCAUCGCAGCUGGGUUCUGGUCCACACAUUACCGAUGUUAACAUACUCUUACCUCCGAAGAUGAAGAACCCAGUUGAGUAUCGCCUUCAAGGAAGUGAUGGCUGCUUCAAAUGGUCAUGGGAUCAUCACGAUAUUCUGUCAGUUACACCUGAGUUUAAUUCGAGUAGUCAUUGCUCGACCAGCGCGCGUGUGAAAUCCAUUGCCUCUUAUAGUGGUAGAAAGGAGACUGCAGUUUAUGCCACUGAUUUACAGACCGGGAUGGUGAUCCGCUGCAAGGUGUUUAUUGACAACUUCUCACGGAUUCAAAUUUUUCAUAAUUCUAUCAAGCUUGAUCUUGAUGGACUUUCCAUGCUUAGAGUCCGCGCUUUUGACAAUGAAGACAAUGAGUUCUCGUCACUGGUGGGUCUACAAUUCAUGUGGAAGUUGAUGCCUGAAAGUGGGGGAACAACGCAUCACCUUGCUCAUGUGCCUUUAAAGGAAUCUCCGUUGACUGACUGUGGUGGACUGUGUGGCUAUUUGGAUAUCCAGAAAAAGCUUGAAGAUAGUGGUGUAUUUGCAGAUUUGUUUGUCGUGAAGGGAACCAAAAUUGGACAUGAGAAGGUUUCAGUUCAUCUGCUUGAGGCUCCUCUUACACAUAUAGCAGAUGAAAUAGUACUAACGGUAGCAGAAGCCAUGUCUCUUGAACCUCGUUCACCAGUCUUUGUCAUGAUGGGAGCUUCUUUUGGUUACACGUUAAAGGUCAUGCGUGGACAUGUUCCUCAAGCCGUGCAUCUACCAUCAUCACAUCAUAGAUGGUCUGCGUUGAACUCUUCUGUUGCUCAAGUGGAUUCUUUGCGAGGUCUGACUAAGGCAUUAAGCUUGGGUGUAACAACAGUUGUUGUCGAGGAUACCCGGGUCGCUGGCCACAUUCAAGGAUCAUCUAUUAAUGUUGUCACUCCAGAUACUCUUAUCUUGUACAUAUCACUGUGGUCAAUGUCAGAUGAUCUUAUCACAGAAUCAAAACCUUUUCCAUCAUCCAUGCAUUGGUAUGUGGUGUCUGGUCGUCAAUAUCUAAUUCAAAUGAAGAUUUUCUCUGGAAGACCUGAUUCACAUGAAAUCUAUAUAACUGAGACGGAUGACAUAAAACUGCAUGGAAGCGAUUCAGAUUAUUGGAAAAUUCUCUCACUGCCAGAUGAACUUCCCUCUGAAUAUGGUCAGCGAAAUUCUAGAAUUUUGAACGCAAUCUCACCAGGACUAGGAGAGCUCACAGCUACAUUGACUUACUUCAAUGGGCAUGAGGACUCAAAAGAGGUUCUCAAGGUUGUUCAAGAAAUUAUGGUUUGUGAAAGAGUACAGUUCACAUUAAACAGUGAAGAUGACAUACCUAAGAUUCUACUCCCUUGGACCCCUGCUGUUUAUCAGGAGAUGGAGCUAAUUGUGACAGGAGGUUGUGCAAAAGCAUCGAGUGACUACAAGUGGUUUACUUCAGAUAUGAGCAUUUUGUCUGUGUCAGCUUAUGGAAUUAUUCAGGCAAAGAGGCCUGGAAUAGCCACUGUAAAGGUGGUGUCGACUUUUGAUUCACAAAAUUAUGAUGAGGUUAGUGUUGAAGUUUCCAUUCCAUCCUCUAUGGUUAUGCUGCAAAAUUUUCCAGUAGAGACAGUUGUUGGAUCACACCUGCAAGCAGCUGUCACAAUGAAGGCUUUGAAUGGUGCUUCGUUCUCCAAAUGUGAUACUUUUAAUUCAUUGAUAAAGUGGAAGACGGGGAGUGACUCUUUUGUUAUUGUUAAUGCAACAUCUGAGAUGAUGAUGUUGGACGAAUUAAGAAGCAUAGACUCCAGUCCUCCUUGUUCACGGGCCUAUAUAUAUACUUCAUCUCCUGGUCGCACAGUGCUACAAGCAACUCUAGCAAAAGAGUUUCAUUAUUUUGAUAAGUCUUUAAGUGAAUCAAUAGAUUUGAAAGCAACUUUGAGUAUAGGAUCUUAUCUGCCACUUUCUGUCAGACAAGAUAGUGAUGGGAAUCAUCAUGGUGGUUACUGGUUUGAUAAGGCACAAGAAGAAACUGAAUUUGGUGUUAGUAAGCUAUAUCUUGUACCUGGGACAUAUGUUGAUGUCAUGCUUCUUGGGGGACCUGAAAGGUGGGAUAGCAAUGUUGAGUUCACCGAGACUGUGAAGACAUUGUAUGAAGAUGAAGAGGGUCUUACAAGCAGAGUUAACGUCCAUCAUGAGUUUGACAGCAAUGCUACUAUGUAUAAAAUUUCGUGCCAGAAGCUUGGCUCCUAUAAACUGGUCUUCUUGCGUGGGAAUCUUGUGGGUAUAGACCAUCCUUUACCUGCAGUGGCAGAAGCUUUAUUGUCUGUUCAUUGCAGCUUACCAUCCUCUGUUGUACUUAUUGUUGAUGAACCUGUUAACAAGCUUGAUGUGAUUAGAGCUGCUAGUCAAGCUGACAGGGCACCAGGAAGAAUUCGUGUAACUCCUGUGACCGUGGCAAAUGGGCAGAUAAUCCGUGUGGCUGCUGUUGGUAUUAGCGAAUUUGGAGAAGCUUUCUCAAACUCCUCAACUCUUUCUCUCAGGUGGGAAUUGAGCAGUUGCACAAAUUUGGCUUACUGGGACGAUGAUUAUAACACAAAAAUGACAAAGUCUAGCUGGGAGAGAUUUCUAGCUCUUCACAAUGAAUCAGGAUUGUGCACUGUUCGAGCCAUGGUUUCUGGUAUUGAUUAUUCUGUAAAAAGCCAAUACUCAAGUCUGCUUCCACAAGGUUCUGAAAGUACCCUCACCGAUGCUGUACACUUACAGUUGGUUUCCACACUAAGAGUCACACCAGAGUUCAGCCUGGUCUUUUUCAAUCCUAAUGCCAAGGUAAAUUUGUCAAUGACUGGAGGAAGCUGUUUGUGGGAAGCAGUUGUGAAUAAUUCUCGUGUAGCAGAAGUUAUACGGCCCCCAUCUGGCCUGCAAUGCUCGCAAAUGAUGCUGUCUCCAAAAGGGUUGGGGACUACACUCGUAACAGUAUAUGAUAUUGGGGUUUCUCCUCCACUUUCAGCUCUUGCGUUGAUUAGAGUUGCAGAUGUGGACUGGAUAAAGAUAGCAUCUGCGGAUGAGAUAAGUAUAAUGGAAGGAAGUACAUACUCCAUUGAUCUCUUGACUGGCAUUGACGAUGGGAUGACCUUUGAUUCUUCCCAGUACCCACUUAUGGACAUUAUGGUGCAUAUUGAGGAUGAUCUCCUGGAGCAUGUCACCGUUGAUGAUAAUAUACUCUCUGUUGGUGAACACGUGGCAACUUCCUCUUUUAAAGUUGCUGCUAGACGACUGGGAAUAACAACCCUAUAUGUCAGCGCAAGACAACAAUCAGGAGAUAAAGUAGUAAGCCAAACUAUUAAAGUCGAAGUUUAUUCCCCUCCAAGACUUCACCCACAAGGAAUAUUUCUUGUUCCCGGUGCUUCGUACGUGCUCACUGUUGAAGGAGGCCCGACCAUGAAUGUUUCUGUUGACUACACCACUGUGGAUACCCAAGUUGCAAAGAUUGAAAAAUCAGGACGCCUAUACGCAACAUCACCCGGCAACACGACAAUCUAUGCAGCUAUUUACGGGAGUGAAGGUACUGUGAUUUGUCAGGCAAAAGGCAAUGCUGAAGUAGGACUUCCUACGGCUGCAAUGCUGGUAGCUCAAAGUGACACUGUGGCCGUUGGUCAUGAAUUGCCUAUGUCCCCAUCAUUUCCUGAGGGAGACCUUUUGUCUUUUUAUGAACUCUGCAGAGCAUACAAGUGGACUAUUGAAGAUGAGGAGGUGUUGAUUUUUAUUGCAUCAUCCAUUAAUGUGGAAGAGAAUGCUGGCUUUGUUAAUGUCGUCCAAGGAAGAUCAGCUGGGAAAACCAGAGUCACAGUUGCCUUCUCCUGUGAAUUCGUGUCCCCUGGCUUGUACUCUGAAUCUAGAACUUAUGAAGCGUCGAUGAUUAUAUCUGUUGUGCCUGAUCUCCCUCUUUCGCUGGGGACUCCUAUGACUUGGGUUCUUCCGCCUUUUUAUACAUCAUCUAGUCUAUUACCUUCAUCUCUAGAACCACAGAAGCAUAGAGAUGGUCAAAGUCACAGAGGCAAUAUAGUCUAUUCCAUAUUGAAAGACUGUAGCUCUCGGGCUGAUUUUGAACGAGAUACCAUAUCAAUUAAUGGCGGAAGUGUCAAAACGACAGAUAGCAACAAUGUUGCAUGUAUUCAAGCCAAAGACCGCACAAGUGGAAGGAUUGAAAUUGCUGCUUGUGUGAGGGUUGCAGAGGUUGCUCAAAUAAGAAUGAAGAGUGAGGGGAUCCCUUUCCAUGUGAUAGAUCUUGCUGUUGGCAGUGAAAUUGAACUUCCAAUAAAUUACUUUGACAAUUUAGGAAUCCCUUUCCUCGAAGCACAUGGAGUUACUACAUACAAUGUCGAAACCAAUCACCGUGAUGUUGUAUCUAUUAAGACUGUCAAUGACCAAGCAAGUGCCUGCAUUAAGGGAAUAAAACAUGGCAAAGCUCUCAUUCGGGUUUCCAUUGGUGGUAAUCCCAGGAAUUCAGACUACGUUCUAGUCUCAGUUGGGGCGCAUAUCUGUCCUCAAAACCCGGUCAUUCACCCUGGAAAUUUCUUAAAUUUCAGCAUAACAGGGGCGGAUCAUCAAGUCUCUGGUCAAUGGGUUACAUCAAACAGAAGUGUCUUAUCCGUCGAUGUGGCAUCUGGCCAAGCUAAAGCGAUCAGCCAAGGCUUAGCUCACGUUAGAUUUGAAGGUCAUGGUUUGAAACUGCAAACAAAAGUCACAGUGCUAACUGGAAACACCAUAUAUGUUGACUCUCCAAGGGAAAUACUGACAAAUGUACACGUCCCUGCGGAAGGGUAUAACUUUCCAGUGAAAUUCAGGGAGAACAAGUUUGCUGUCUCUGAUUAUGGAAACAAGGCCAUGUUUAACUGCCAAGUAGACCCUCCGUUUAUAGGAUACGCAAAGCCAUGGAUGGAUCUUGGUACUGGCAACACUUAUUGUCUUUUCUUCCCAUACUCACCAGAGCAUCUGGUUCACUCCAUGACUAGAGAAAAAGACAUGAAACCUCAUGUGUCCUUCUCCAUUAGUGCUUCACUCAAAGAAGCUCAUCAUGUUACGGGAUCUGCAUCUGCACUUUUUAUUGGAGGGUUUUCUGUAACGGGGCCAAACAAGCUGGAUAUAGGCCCGAAUUCAAACACGACCAUCAUUUCAAUACUGGGAAACACCGAUGUUCAAAUUCACUGGCGUAACAAAAGUAGGUUAUAUAUCAGCUUGAUCAAUAGGGAAGAUUUUGGUAUCGCAGGGCAUGCACUCUACAAGGUGAAUGUGUUAAGAUCAGAGCAAUUCACAGAUAGAAUCCUCAUUACUCUCCCUGCUACUGGCCAAAGUGUAGAAAUCGAUGUCUCCUAUGACACAGACGAGUCCCUAGUAGCUUCGUCUAAAGAUGGAUACUCUAUGUUGUUCAAGCUACUAUGGAGCGUUUUGGUGGUGACUAUAUCAGCGAUCAUCUUGUUGAAAGUGAUAGAUAGACCAGGUCCAACAGGAGCUACUAGAACUGCAACAAACGGUGGAGGUGGAGCACCAGGAACACCAGAAAGAAGAAGCCCUGCGGUUAUAUACCACGAGGAAUCUCCUAGAACUCCAUCACCUUUUAUGGAGUAUGUGAAGAGAACAGUUGACGAAACUCCUUAUUACAAAAGAGAAGGAAGAAGAAGGUUCAAUCCUCAAAACACUAUGUAAAAAACUAAGAUGAUGAUGAUUUUGUUGCCAGUUGGAAACUUUGUUCAUUAGAGAUAAGAACAUCUUUUUGUUUGUAAACCACCAAACCCAAGGCCUGCAAUGUUUAUAUAAUGUGUGUAUUGUCAUCGAAGGAUCUGUAAUUUGUCAGAUAUAGGCAAGUUAUUUAGGUUUA